ACUGUCCCGAUACAGCUCGAGAGGCCAAGGUUUCUCCUCCCUCCUGGAAAUGAAGCCCUGAGGCUCCUCCAUUCCCCAGCUCAGGGAGAUAGUUUUCCAGUUACCUCCGGAUGGGGUGGAUCUCCUUAGGUUUCCUCAAGUUUUUCCUCAGGUUUCCCUGCGGGGACAGGCCUGCGAGUGACUGACACGGAGACAGGGAAAAACUGGGCCUUUUCUUACCAGGAGGCUUGUCCUAUGGAAAGAUCCCCUGCUUCUCCCUGCCAGAGGACUUGGCUUCAGUUACUAAGAGGAGGCCAGGCCAGGAGGAAGAAUGCUGGACCCAAAGAUCGCAGGAUCUGGAGCUGGCAGGGAGGAUCCUAGUGGUUAUGAUAGGAGCCUAGAUUUAAAGAUGGAGAGGACCUGGAAGGCCACCUGCUACGACCCCACAUUUACAGAUGAGGAAACUGAGGACCAGGCAGGGUAAAGCCACUUACCCAGGUUCCCCUAGGCGUGUGGCAGAGCUUCCACCACUCAGAGCCCUGGUCUUCUGUUUCCAGGCCUGCCCCGGGCUACCUUGUGGUCUAACCCACCCCCCUCAUUUUAUACAUAAGGAGACACUCCUGGGAUAUUGUGACCUGCUUCCGACUUAUGAAGCAACAGAACUGGAAUUUGAACCCAGGGUUCUCUGGGUUCUCCAUAACUAGUACUCUAGAGGUGGUUAGCUUCAUCGGUGGCUUCUAUUAUGGUUGUAAAGAGCUCACAGUCACAGGUUUGGAAACACAAGGGUUGGCUGGUGAUACAAAGAGAUAUGAGAUACAAUCCCUGCCCUGAAGGGGUUUACAAUCUAGUUAGGGAGACAGAAUAUACAUACAAAAGACAAGAAUACAAGGUAGCAGAUGGUGAGUGCCAGUGGAAUCUAGGCGCAUUAUUAUUCUGCUGUUCUAUUUUGCAAGUUCCAAGACUUGCCUGGGCCUGUUGCAGAAAAUAAUACCACGGGAAAGUUCAAAGUCUCAUUAACCAUUGUGCUUCACCGAUCCAAAACUCAACAGUACAGUAUUUCAAAUGGGAAGUUGAAAGUGAUAACAGAACUAUUGGGGCCUGUCCUGUCGAUCCUUGAUUUGAAGACAUCUUUAGAUCUCCCUUUUUAAAAAUGAAAGAUGAAAUUGCCACAACAAUUUUCUUCAUCACAAGACUGGUGAAAAAAUCUGAUAAGUUGAGUAAGCACCAAAUAGAAGAAUUUGCAGCUAAGCUGAUGGCAAUACUAUUUGAGACAUACAGGACACACUGGUACCCAGAUAUCCCUUCUAAAGGUCAAGCUUUCAGGUGUAUCAGGAUAAAUAAACAACAGAAAAAAGAUCCCCUUCUGGAGAGGGCAUGUGCUGAAAGUAAUGUGAAUUUUUUUCACCUGGGACUUCCAAAGGAGAUGACCAUAUGGGUAGAUCCCUUUGAAGUAUGCUGCAGAUAUGGUGAGAAAAAUCAUCCAUUUAUAGUUGCUUGUUUUAAAGGCAUGCAGGAAGAAUGGGAAAUAUCUCAACAGAUCAGUCAUGCUGUUAGUAAAGUCACAUCUGACUACUAUUCUGGCACUUCCUCUGAUGAGGAUACAUGUGGCAGAGAGCCUCAAGUAAUUCCUAAAGUCAAAAAUCCAAAAAGCAUUUAUCAGGUUGAGUAUUUCAAGCAGCCCCUCCAAACUUGGUUCCAAUAUUCCCGUAAAAAGAAUAUGACUGAUGGGCGCCCCAACCUCCCAGGAAGUACUUUUUAUGUCCCAUACAAGAUCCACAAGUGCUACAGGCCUGCUGCUGUGUUUCCAGGACCCCGGGUGGAUAGGUACCACUGGGUCAACACAAAUCGACAAAGUAGCUAAAGUAUACAAUUCAACUGAUCUCGCUGUGGGAUUAGAGUUCACAAGAGCAGCUUUCUUUUUUCCUAACUUAAAAUGAGUCUGAAGUUGAGAGACACCUGAAAUAGAAAAAAGAACCUCACUUGGGGCCAAGGUACUUGAUGGUGAUUCUUCUCACCUGUAUUAUGACUCUAUUCUUAGCUAGAAUUAUAAUGUUUCACUUUUAAAUGAAGUUUUAUGUGUAAUGGAUGUACUCAAAAAGGUAAUAUAAUGAAGUUACUGAUUUAUAAGAUUCUACUGAUUAU